AUGCUAGACCAGGUCGAGGUGAUAGUGGGAACACUAUCGCUCAAAGGGAGCAACGCCACUGGCUUCCCGAAAUUGAAGAAUCUUGUUCUUCUGAAGCAACCUAAAAAAGGGCCAGUUCUUAUUAUCGAGGAUAACUCGAAGCUAUCGUCCUUGGAAGCAUUAUAUAACCUCGAAAUCCGGCUCCGGAAGGGUGAAAGACCCGAUAAUGCUAUAAGUAUUGGAAAUAAUCCAAAUCUCUGCAUAGACGAGGACGCCUCCACAGUGCCAUUCGUCAUCAAGUACCUAUCUAGGGUACCUAUAUGUGAGUUCCGCUUGUGA